CACACACACACUCACACACCUAUGUUAGUUUCCUAUUGCUGUCUGCAAGAGGCAGCCCCCAUGACUUCCUGUUAUGAUGUGCGGUUUUAUUGAAAGGCACUUGCUGCUGACAACUGCCAAAUUUCCCCAACAGUACAUCGACUGUUGUUUCAUUUGUGUAAAAAGUGUGAGAUAUUUUUGGGGUAAAACAGAUGCUCGAAAUUCAAUGUGAUUUUAGACAAAAAAAUAAAAUAAAACCAAAAACCUUCGUAAAUAAAUCGCCAACUUCAAGUGAGUGCUGACUGAAAGCUUGCAAUAUGUAUGUCAGCAAUACGGGCAAAAUCUUGCUCUUUCUGCUCUUACUUCCAGAAUGCACUCUUACUGCUCCAAAAGGCGCUCACUCUAUAUGGUUGCUUGCAACAUACAUUGAAGGACAAACGCCAUUUCCUGAAUAUAGCUAUGUAGGCAUGCUGGAUGAUAUCAGAAUUAUGUAUUACAACGGUGAGACGAAAACUCUCCAUCCAAGAGGGAAUACAACCGCUGAAGACGAUGUGUUUGAUUCAUCUCUUCUCCUCAGAAUAAGUGACUACAUAUAUACACACUUUAAGGAAAGGUUGGCAGUAGCCAAACUAAACUUAAAUAAAACAGAUCGUGAUCUUGUCCUUCAGAGGCUGGUUGUGUGUGAGUUGAGGGAUGAUGAUGAACCUGGACAAAUGAUCACACGAGAUGCCGUCAGAGGAUCCACCACUGAUGAGCUGCAAUAUGUUGACAAUAACUUUACAUAUCAGGGAACUUUAAAUGUCUCACCCUAUGUGCUGAAAAUACAUCUUGAAGACAGCAAGCAUCGCCAUCAAUUUCUGUACCGCCCAUAUUGCAUCAAAACACUGAAGGGUUACCUUGAAAAAAGGAGAAAUCAAGUUAAUAGAAAAGUGAAACCCCGAGUUAGACUUAUCCAGAAAGCAAACUCUGGCUCUGGAGGGUCUCGUGUGAGUUGUCUGGCAACAGGAUUUUACCCUCGUCACAUCAACCUGACCCUGUUCAGAGACGGGCAGCCUGUAUCUGAUCAUGAGAUCACUGGAGGAGAUCUGCUGCCCAAUGAUGACGGGACGUACCAGAUGAGGAAGAGUCUGGAGAUCAGCAGAGCAGACAAACGCACAUACAACUGCUCUGUCACACACCCCAGUCUGGACAACAAACUGGACGUCACUUUGGAGCUUGAACACGGGGAACCAUUUAAAUCAGUGAUUCCUUCAGUUCUGACUGUUUUGGCUCUGAUGUUGUUGUUUGGAGCCGCAGUGGCUAUAACUGCGAAGAAAAGACGACCUGCAGAUUUCAUUAAAAAUGUUUCUUCUGUUUCUACAUCUGAAGAAAAUAUGGACUCAAAUUCAGUAUUGAUGUGCGACGACACAAAGUGACAAUCUGUACAUUUAUUUGACCUACAAUUUCCACUGUAAUUCAGGGGUGGAGACCUUAGAGUUAAACAGAUCUUUGUCUGCAAGUGUCAGUCACUGCCACACAACUGACUGACUGUCAAACUGUCAUACCUUUCUAUUCCUUGACCUACAAGUGGAGAAGCUUUACAGAAAUGUAGACACCCAUCAUGCUUAAAUGUCAUAUUUAAAUGCGUCUAACCAUUAUUCAUGGCCUAAUGGUUAGGGAGUAGGACUUGUUACCCAAUGGCUGCGGGUUCGAGUCUUGGUACCGACAUGUAUUGUAGUUGGCGGGAGUGAAUGACCACAGCAUUCUCUUCCACCCUUUAUACGACUGAGGUGCGACCCUUGAGGAAGGCACUGAACCCCCAACUGCUCCCUGGGUGCCUCAGCAAAAACUGUGUGUGUGUCUGUACUCACAGCUGUGUGUGUGCACUUGGAUGGGUGAAAUGCACAAAUUUGUAGUAUGGGACACCAUGCUUAUAGCCACAGGUCACGUCCUUUCCUUUUUUAUUGUAAAUUAAAAUUUUCUUAAAAAUAAAGUUUAUGCUUAUAUU